AUGGCUGCAGAUCCCUUUGACUCGGCGCUUGACCUCCUCCGCCGCCUAAACCCCAAACACACAAGCGAGCACCUCAACGCAAUCAUCUCCCUCGCCCCUGACCUGACCGAAGACCUCCUCUCGUCCGUCGACCAGCCCCUCACCGUCAAGCGGUGUAGGCAAACCGGCCGCGACUAUCUCCUCUGCGACUACAACCGCGACGGCGACAGCUACCGCUCCCCAUGGAGCAACCAGUUUGACCCGCCGCUGGACGAGGGCGGCGUCGGCGGCGUCGGCCCUGGAAGCAACGACGGUGCUGGCGAGGGGGCCAUUCCGAACGAGAGGGUGCGGAAGAUGGAGAUUAAAGCCAACGAGGCGUUUGACAUUUACAGAGAACUGUACUAUGAGGGAGGAGUGAGCAGUGUCUAUCUGUGGAACUUGGAUGACGGCUUUGCUGGCGUUGUAUUGGUGAAGAAGUCUGCCACCCCAGGCACAAACACCGAAGGCGUCUGGGACUCUAUCCACGUCUUCGAAGCCAUUGAGCGCGGCCGCACGACGCACUACAAGCUCACCUCGACCGUCAUCCUCUCGCUCUCCACAAACGUCGAGGGCACCGUCGGCGACAUGGACCUCAGCGGCAACAUGACCCGCCAGGUCGAGCAGGAUCUUCCCGUCGAGAACGACGACAGCCACAUCGCAAACGUCGGCCGCCUGGUCGAGGAUAUGGAGCUCAAGAUGCGCAACCUGCUGCAGGACGUGUACUUUGGCAAGGCAAAGGACGUGGUGGGCGACCUGCGGAGCGUAGGCAGCUUGAGCGAUGGGGCGAAGGAGCGGGAGACGCAGAGGGAGCUUAUUGGCAGCAUGAAGCGAUGAUGAUGUAGCAACAUUGUUUGUGUUUCUUUCGCAAUUUGUUUUUUUUUUCUUGUUCCCCUCUCUUGAAUGGCAUAUGAUUUGAAAAUUGUUUUUUGACAAUUUUAUGAAAGAAGAUGAAGCGCCUGAUACAUGAAUGCUAGAUAUCAAUGUCUGCCAGAAUUCUCUCCCAUUAGAAAAAGAAGAAGCUUGAGACUUUCUAGCUCUAGAAGAAGAGGUUUGUGAAUGGCGUCCCUCUGUCCUAGUGUGGUUUGAGAGGAGCGGAUGUUGCAUGACUACUUUAUGUCACACAAGCACGAAAGCAAAAUAGGGCAAAAAUUAUGUGUGCAAAACUCCAUCGCUAGUAUCUGCGACAUGCUAUGGUAUUCAAG